AUGGGUUUCAGAGCCGCGCUUAUUCUCGCGGCCGCCGGGCUUUCGCGCACGGCCGCCCUGCGCCCGCGGAUCCGCGGCGGCCUCCCGAGGCGCCGGCUCGAGGCCACGCCGUGCCCGGCGGACGACUGCUGCCCCGCGAAGCUCGAGCCGAUCCCGGCGUCCGAGUGCCCGCCGCCGGAUUCAGGUGACGUGGCCCGCUUUAGUUGUGACGCUCCAGACCUCGUAGUCGGCAACCUCUGCCGGUCGAACGCCGGCGAGUGCGGCACGGACAAGAACCUGGACAAUUGCGAGUAUCCGGAGACGAAGCUCAAGGCCGACAUCUACCGCGUCGUCGAGGCGCGGCCCGUCGCGCCGACGGCGAAGCCGACGUCGAUCUGCCCCGAGCUCGUGCCCCUCGAGAAGGACUCGCCGGACUGUCCGCCGGAGCUCGACAUCGAGCCCUGCGACACGCCCGGCCUGACCGGGUUCUGCGAGGGCGACGGAGAGUGCGGGACGUCGAAAAAAAUAGACAACUGCGCCUGCGCCGGCUGCGGCAAGGACGGCGCGCCGAUCACGGGGGCCGACAUCUACCGCAUCGUCGUUUCUGGUGAUACGCCGACGCCGCGCCCCACCAAAAAGCCGACGACGCCGCGGCCGACGGGCGACUGCCCCACCCUCGAGGCGCUCCCGACGGGCUCGCCGGACUGCCCUGCGGAGCUGGACAUCAUUCCGUGCGACACUCCUGGCUUGGCGGCGGGCGACUUCUGCGAGGGCGACGGCGGUGCGGACGCGGCGUCUUUACUUUCGUCGGGGGCCACGCCAUCGAUCCGGUCGCGUCCGCGCAGAGUGCGGCACCGACAAGAAGCUGGACAACUGCGCGUGCGAGGCCUGCGGCAAGGGCGGCGCGCCGAUCAGCGGCGCCGACAUCUACCGACCCGGACGGCGGCGCCGCGCCCACGCCCCGGCCCUCGGACGCGCCGACGUCGUCGCCCGGCGGCUCGAAGAAGAAGAAGAAGAAGUCGGGGCACGCCUUCCCCAUCUGGGCCAUCAUCGUCAUCAUCGUCGGCGGCGUCGGGUGCUGCGUGUGCCUCUUCGCGGCGGCGUCCGGCGCCGCGCUUGGCGGUGCGAAGAAACAGAAGCCGCGCGCGUCGUCCUACAAGCUCGAAGCGGGCAAGCGGCCGCCGCCGCCGGACUCGGACUCGGACGACGAGAAGCCCGCCGCGGCCGUGUCGCGCGCGCUCGAGAAGCUCGACGACGAGGAAGAACCGCCGGCGUACGACUUCACGCCUGAUAAGGCGAAGCCGGCGAAGCACCGGUCCUCGGUCGAGGUCGACGAGCUCUGGCCCGCGGCCGGCGUCGCCGGGGCCGGCGCGGCGGCGGCCGCCAACGAGUCCAAGGCGCCGGAGAACGGUGACAUGGACUGCGACUCGGACUCGGACCUGGGCAGCCGCAUCUCUCUGCACGCGCCCAUGUGA